CGGUCCCUUUGCCAUUAAAACAAUGUUGUCGCGGUUGUGACGUCCUCUUUUACCCGCUGUCAGAGGGACGAUUGGAAUUUUACGUCCAACAUCCAUCGCUAAUCUACAAUGGCCGAGGAAGGCAUCGCUGCCGGAGGUGUGAUGGAUGUGAACACCGCCCUGCCCGAAGUGCUGAAGACCGCACUCAUCCACGACGGACUCGCCCGUGGAAUCCGGGAGGCCGCAAAGGCUCUGGAUAAGCGCCAGGCUCAUCUGUGUGUCCUCGCUGCCAACUGCGACGAGCCCAUGUACGUCAAGCUGGUGGAGGCCCUGUGUGCCGAGCAUCAAAUCAACCUCAUGAAGGUAGAUGACAACAAGAAGCUUGGUGAGUGGGUUGGUCUGUGCAAGAUCGACAGGGAGGGCAAACCCCGCAAGGUGGUGGGCUGCAGCUGCGUGGUCGUGAAGGACUAUGGCAAAGAGUCUCAAGCCAAGGAUGUCAUCGAGGAGUACUUCAAAUCAAAGAAAUGAAGAACCGAAUAAAAGCCUUUUGAAAAGA